AUGCAGCUCGCUGUCUUAGCCUCCCUCGCUCUUCUCUGUAGUUCUGUUCUCGCUCAUCCCCCUCGUCGCCGUCAAGCGGACGUUGUGGGUAACCUCUUGGGCACUGUGGAUACUAUCUUGGAUGGAGUCCUUGUUCAACGGCAGCAGGAUGAUGGUUUAAAUGGAUUACUCGAUGGCGUCGACGGACUUGUGGGUGGUGUUCUUGACGGUGUGCUGUGA